AUGUCUGCAGAGUUGAGCUCUACAAUAGAAGAGAGGGAGGGGAUGCAAGCUGAAGUUGUUGAAGAGUUCGGUUUGGAGCAGGUGGAGGGCGAUUGCGACUGGGCAGAAGGACGGAAUGGGGAAACGGUGUUGAGUGAUCGCAGUGGGAAUGGGCUACAGUCAGAGGUGUGCAGAACUGAAGUGGGCAAAGAAUGUGAGGACUGUGAAAACGCUGAGAUUGAGAAUGGCCAAUCAGAGGCUCUUGAAUACAAGGAAAUCCCUGGAAUCCCUGAACUUGUGUUUAACAGCGAAGACGAGAGCCAAGAUGGAAAACGAAAGGUGAAGUUCUCCACUGCACCAAUCAAAGUGUUUAGCACGUACUCUAAUGCAGAUUACAAUCGACACAAUGAAGAUAUUGACCCGGUGUCUUCCUCAGCGGAGUAUGAGCUUGAAAAGCGGGUGGAGAAGAUGCAUGUUUUUCCUGUGGAGAUUGAAAAAGGAGAGGAGGGUUUGGGCAUCAGCAUUGUAGGAAUGGGUGUAGGUGCUGAUCAAGGACUGGAGAAGCUUGGAAUAUUUGUUAAAUCUGUCACUGAAGGUGGUGCAACUAUGAAAGAUGGAAGAAUUAAAGUUAAUGAUCAGAUUGUGGAAGUCGAUGGCAUCAGCUUGGUUGGAGUUUCACAGCUGUUUGCAGCCACAAUUUUGAAGAAUACAUCAGGCCUGGUCAAGUUUUCAGUUGGACGGGAGAAGGAGGGUGUGGAAAGUGAAGUUGCACGGCUAAUUAAUGAAAGCCUGGAGAUGGAGAAAUGUUCCAAUUGCAGAUCCAGUGAAGGUGAAGACAAUGACAACUACACUGAUAGUUCUGGGUGUGAAGAUCAUGAUGAUGAUGACGAAGAUGUGUCCCAGCUGGAUGGCAAUCAACUAUACCUUAAAUAUCAGCAGCUCCAGGCCAAACUCUGUAUCAGAACAGACAAACUGCGGAGCACUCGAGAAAAGUUGCACGCACUGAAGGAGCAGCAGGCUUGUUGGCAGAACCAGAAAGCAGAGUUUGAACAGAGAAUAGAAGAUGAAGAGGAGAGGGCUGACAAACUGGAGAAGUAUUGGCAGGAAGCCCAGACUCUUUGCAGAGUUAUUAGCCAGAGAUUGGCUGACGCUCAGAGCCAUUCAGAGAGCCUGGAGAUCAAAUACAGCAAGGCCAAAAGACUGAUUCGGGAAAACCAGAACAGAGUGGAGGAGGCCGAGAGCAGAGAAGCGGAACUGAAGAGGGAGCUUGAGGAGCAGAAACGGAUGAUUGAAAAACUGACUUGUCAGCUAAAAGGGGAAUCUUUGCCAGGAAGUGGCCACAACCAGACUGAAACUGAAUGGUAUAGCCUUGUCCCUGACACGGGACGUCUAGACUGCAGUGCUCACAUCGCCAAAGCUCAACUGGCCCAGAAAUCCAAGCGCCACCCCCCCUCCCGGGACAAGCUGAGGGACAGUUUCAGGCGACAGGAGGAAACACAACAAAAACAUGGGGAUGCAGAGACUGCUCCCACUGCCUUACAGCAAGUCGGCAGAAGUGACCUGUCCACCUCUUACCCCACACUCAGCCCUUCACUGCCCUGCAUGUCCACUCCUCCAAUUUACAUCACUGACACCAGCUCUUCAGCUCCCAAGUCAUCAUCCUCUCGAAAGUCUAAGAAAAAGUUCCCUAAUUUCAGUGGUUUACGAAAAUCUCUCAGCAAGAGGCGGAGUGAGAAAAAGAGAAAGUCAUUGACGAGAAGGAGUUAUAGUGGCGACUUGGCAGAUGAGGCUGCUGAUUUCUCCCCAACUGCAUCGGUUUCCUCUAUGCCUUCAUGUUUGCCUUUUCCCUGGUUUGGCGACAAAGGGUCAGAGAAGUGGGAUGAUCAAGAAAAAUGCAGAGAGAGGCUUCGGUCAGUAUCCAGCAGCAGCCUGCCUUACCUGACCACCACUGGAAGAGGAGAGCAGAGGUGUGAGUUUCCUCUGGGGAGCAUGGUGGGUCACGUCUCUAAUCACUCUCUGUCUGGGCAUUCUUGUUCUUUUACCUUUUCAUCCACUGAGACUUUGGAUGAUGACUUGAUUUUGAGCAAUAACAACAACCAGUGGCAAAGUGUCUCUGUGACGGAGUGGAGCAGCGAGCAGGUUUGCCUCUGGCUCGUGGCAAUGAGCAUGGACCAGUACGCUCCAGAGUUCUGUGCCAAAGGUGUAGACGGCCCGCAGCUUCUCUGCAUGGACACGGAGAAACUGAAGGCUCUGGGUGUAUGCAAUCAGAACGACCGCUCUUGUUUGAAGAAGCUGCUCAAGGACAUGAGGAAACGUGAGGAGAAAGAGCAUCGGCAGAAGGACAAGAGGACGACGAAGGAGGACGGAGACGCAGACGGGACGGAGGGCGCCAUGACCCAGAAGCGGAGGAGCACCAUCCGCACAGAGUCGCUGUUGUAA